GUGCAGGCACUUGUUUGGUCAGCUGGAUUCGCUGGUCCUUCAAGUGGAGGUGACAUUCACUCGGCUAGCAGAGACGGGGAAGAGUUAGCAUCGAUAAAUUCUGCAACAUGGCACAGGCAGUGCAGAAACUGGUUGCUAAAGUACCUACUCUGGUUGGCGCCGCUGUCACCUAUUCCAAACCUCGGUUAGCAACUUUCUGGUACUAUGCCCGUGUUGAACUUGUUCCUCCUUCUCCUGCCGAGAUCCCAAAGGCCAUCGAGGGGGCCAGGAAUCUCAUCAAGAGUUUCCAGACAGGACGCCUCGGUCAAACCACUGUCAAGGAUGCCAUAAGGAAUGGGCUGGUGGCCACUGAAGUUCUCAUGUGGUUCUACAUUGGAGAGUGUAUUGGCAAAGGAGGCAUAGUUGGCUAUGAUGUCUGAAUUUUGGACUGUCAUUAAUAUUUGUUGUUUUUUUCUGAGCGUUAUAUGCUCAACUUCCUGUAAGAAUCCUGGGAACCAAUAAACAGAUAUCUCUUGUU